CUCCCAUUCUUCUCCUUGUCCGAAAAACCCCCAACUUCUGGGCCCUUCUCAGAAAACAAUCAUCUUCUUUCAUUUUCUUUCUCCCUUUGUAAAUAGAUUGUAAAUUUAAACCCAAAACCUAAUUAUAUGUAUAUAUAUGUAUGUAUAUGUAUUUAUGUAUCUGGGGCUGAGUUUGAAUUUAUGUAAAAUAUCUGCAUAAAUAAAAAAAGGGGGGGAAUUGAGAAUUGAUUUAAAGAAGUUGGGAGGAGAUGACGAUUGAGGAGAGGAGAUCAGGGAAUUUGGGAGGGCAUAAUGGUAAUUACAAUAGUAAUGGAGAGAAGAGGAUAACUUAUUUCAGCAAUUCUUAUGUGUUGGGAUUGACUGUUGUUGCUGGUAUUGGUGGUCUUCUCUUCGGCUAUGAUACUGGAGUUAUAUCAGGAGCUCUUCUUUAUAUCCGGGAUGAAUUCGAGGAAGUCGAUCAAAGUAGCUUUCUACAGGAAACAAUAGUGAGCAUGGCUUUGGUGGGUGCGAUAAUCGGAGCAGCAUUAGGGGGUUGGAUAAAUGACAGCUUCGGGCGCAAGAAAGCCACUCUUUCUGCCGAUGUUGUUUUCGUGCUCGGAUCGAUUGUUAUGGCAGCCGCUCCGAAUCCUUACGUUCUUAUUUUCGGACGGCUGUUAGUUGGGUUAGGUGUCGGUGUGGCAUCCGUCACUGCUCCUGUGUAUAUUGCCGAGGCUGCCCCUUCAGAAAUUAGGGGUGGCCUAGUCAGCACUAAUGUUCUUAUGAUUACUGGUGGUCAAUUUGUUUCUUACCUCGUCAACCUUGCUUUUACUGAGGUUCCGGGUACAUGGCGUUGGAUGCUUGGGGUAUCCGGGGUGCCGGCUAUAGUUCAAUUUGUGCUUAUGAUAUUUUUGCCCGAGUCUCCACGUUGGCUUUAUAUGAAGAAUCGUAAAUCAGAAGCCAUUGUUGUGCUUUCAAAGAUUUACGAGCCAUGUCGGUUAGAAGAGGAGAUUGAUCAGCUUGCUACUGCCCUUGAGGAAGAGGCCCAAAGAAAGAUUCGUAUUAGUUUUUGGGAUGUCUUUACGUCUAAAGAGCUCCGGCUUGCCUUUUUCGCUGGUGCUGGAAUUCAGGCGUUCCAACAAUUCACAGGAAUCAACACAGUGAUGUACUACAGCCCGACCAUAGUCCAAAUGGCCGGAUUUAAUUCCAAUAGAUUAGCACUCCUCUUAUCACUAAUAGUCGCUUUCAUGAAUGCGCUCGGCACUAUACUCGGAAUAUACCUCAUCGAUAAUUUCGGUCGCAAAAAACUAGCGCUGAGUAGUUUAUUCGGUGUCACUAUUUCCCUAAUAGUCCUCGCGGUCGCAUUUAUGCUGGACCCGUCGAAUUCAACAAACGGGCUUUUAUACGGUUGGAUCGCAGUAAUUGGUUUGGGUCUUUACAUUUCCUUUUUUGCCCCCGGAAUGGGGCCCGUUCCUUGGACGGUGAAUUCGGAGAUUUAUCCGGAAGCUUAUAGAGGAGUUUGUGGAGGGAUGUCGGCUACUGUGAAUUGGAUAUCGAAUCUGAUUGUGGCUCAGAGUUUUCUCUCAUUGGCCGGGGCCGUGGGGACGGGCCCCACUUUCUUGAUACUUGCUGCGGUGGCUGUUUUGGCUUUUAUUUUCGUGGCGGUUUUUGUGCCCGAGACAAAAGGCUUGAGCUUUGAACAAGUGGAGAGGAUUUGGAAGGUGAGGGCUUAUGGAGAUGACAGCGGCACAAGUGAACCGUUGCUCGUAAGUGCGUAGGACCGACAUGGAACAAUCGGUUCUUUGUGCAUGGUGCAAUGUUGUUGUUUUAUGAACUAUGGGAUUCUUCCGUGUUAGUAUACGAGUAAAUCUCUACUUCUAUAUUGCUUGAAUCGUUGUAUAUAGUGCGUGCCCGAAUGAGAUUGUUACGCUUGCACCAAUAAUUGGAAGAAGAAAAUAUAUAGGUAAAUUAGCAAUGUUGUUCGACGUAUCUCUUUCUUCUCUUCCUUCCCCAUGCUUAUUUCUUUUUUUCUUCAUCUCAUUUUCUCUUUGUUGGAAUCAUUAGUUUUAUUCUACUAUAUGAAUACCAUAUGUGAUGAUUAUUCGUCGGAGAC